CUCGGAGCAUGCGACGGGAUAGACGGGAUAGAGCGGUGCUGUGUGGAGCCCCCACGCAGUCAACUCCUUCCUUUCUGACCCGGAGCGUUUUGGAGGUGUUUCUGUGGUGCAGGUGUCCUCAAGGCCAGACCGCGGGACUUGGUGACACGGAGCUUUGGCAAGGUGUCCCCAACCCCUGUGACAAGUGCCCUUGAGGCCGCGCUGCACAACUUGAUAACCCAUAGCGUUUCCUAGGCUUUUCUCUCCUUCAGUUGCCCUCGAGGCCAGACCGCAGGAUUGGUGACCCGGAAAUUUUCCGGGGAGUCUCCAAUCCUUGCGGAAGGUGGCCUCGAGGGCAGCCUGCAGGACUUGGUGACCCGGAGAUCUUCCGAGGUGUCUCUCUCUUGCAGGUACCCUCAAGACCAGACUGUGGGAUGCUAGGAAGACGCCUGAGCCUGCUCAGGCCCUUUCGGAAGAAGAAGGAAGGCCCUGGGACUACUCCAGCACAGCAGUCUGAGGAGGUGGAGCAGUUCCAGCCCCUGCAGGAGGAUCCAGGCCAGAACCAGACACAAGAGCAGGACCGUGCCCGUGGCCGCUUCCGCCGGACAGUACAGGGCUUUCUGAAAAUGUUGGGCGUUCGGCGUAGAAAGUACAGAAUCACACCAACUGAGGUCAUGGCACAGCCUGACCCAAUGCCAGCUGAGCUCAAGGCGGACCCUGAUGUCGGCACCGUCUCAAUUGAUGGCACAGCAAACUGUGACACCGCGGUGACCGAUCACGUGACAAAUUCCAACACGGCACUGCCUGAGCUCACCAUGGAGGCUGAUGGUGCAACGACUGAGGGCAUCGCAGAUGCUGACAGCACACCCAUUCAGCGCCUGCCAGAUGCUCUCAUUCUGGAUAUUCUUGACGAGGGAGUUAUCUCUGUGGAAGAAACCAUGGACCAAGACAGAGACAUGGAGCGGAGACCCCCCAGGGUGCCCAAGUUGGCCUGGGUGAAAAAAGGGGAGGAGGAAAGCCCUGGGGCUGCCCCAGCACUGCAGCCUAAGAAGGUGGAGCAGUUCCAGCCCCUGCAGGAGGAUCCAGGCCAGCACCAGACAAAAGAGCAAGACCGUGCCCGUGGCCGCUUCCACAGAACUGAUCAGGUACCUGCAGCCAUCCCUCCCUGGGAUGGGCCUGCUGUCACUGCUCAGUCUGGCACCACUGUCGGAGCUUUCCAUGGCACAUCCCUUUCUUCCCUACCCUUUGUUCUCUUGCAGAGGUUGCAAAAGUCUGUUCCUGUUCGCCGUAGAAAGACCAGGGCCUCACCAACUGAAGUCUUGGCAAAGCCUGAGCUCAACCCAACCAAGCUCAAGGCCAAGGUUGACGCCCCAGAGACUGAGGGCAUCCCAGACGCUGACAGCACACCCAUUCAGCGCCUGUCUGAUGCUCGCAGUGUGCACGUUCUUGAGAAGAGAGUUGUCUCUGUGGAAGUAAGCAGCCUGUGGCUUGGGACUGUCUGGCCCCUCAAGCUGGGUCUGCUGGGCGCCCUCAGCCUCUGA